AUGGCCAACCCUAUCACUCUCCAAGAGAUUCGUAAUGAGUCAGUUGAUCUGGAACGUAUUCCCAUCGAGGAUGUCUUCGAGAAGCUGAAAUGCUCAAACGACGGCCUCACUUCAGAGGAAGGGGCCAAUCGGCUUCAAGUUUUUGGACCCAACAAACUCGAAGAGAAGAAGGAAAGCAAAAUUCUGAAAUUUAUGGGAUUUAUGUGGAAUCCUCUAUCAUGGGUCAUGGAAGUAGCUGCUAUCAUGGCUAUUGUCUUGGCAAACGGUGGUGGAAGGCCUCCAGACUGGCAAGAUUUUGUGGGAGUUAUUGCACUGCUUAUUAUUAACUCAACCAUCUCUUUCAUUGAAGAGAAUAAUGCAGGAAAUGCAGCUGCGGCCCUUAUGGCUGGUCUGGCUCCAAAAACUAAGGUUCUUAGAGAUGGUCGGUGGAGCGAGCAAGAUGCUGCUAUUCUUGUUCCUGGUGAUAUAAUUAGUAUCAAACUAGGAGACAUAAUCCCUGCUGAUGCUCGUCUUCUCCAGGGAGACCCUUUGAAGAUUGACCAAUCGGCUCUAACUGGCGAGUCCCUCCCUGUUACCAAAAAUCCUUCGGAUGAAGUUUUCUCAGGAUCAACCUGUAAGCAGGGAGAAAUUGAAGCAAUAGUGAUUGCUACUGGUGUGCACACCUUCUUUGGCAAAGCUGCUCAUUUAGUGGACAACACUAAUCAAGUUGGGCAUUUCCAAAAAGUUCUUACUGCCAUCGGGAAUUUCUGUAUUUGCUCUAUUGCUAUUGGAAUUAUUAUCGAGAUCAUUGUCAUGUACCCAAUUCAACAUCGUGCGUAUAGGGAUGGUAUUGACAAUUUGUUGGUGCUUUUGAUUGGAGGAAUUCCUAUUGCCAUGCCGACUGUUUUGUCUGUCACCAUGGCCAUUGGUUCCCACCGACUUUCUAAGCAAGGUGCAAUUACCAAGCGGAUGACCGCCAUUGAAGAGAUGGCUGGCAUGGAUGUCCUAUGUAGUGACAAGACUGGAACAUUAACCUUGAAUAAACUCACUGUUGAUCAAUCCUUGACUGAAGUCUUUCUAGAGGGUAUGGAUAAAGAACAUGUCAUCCUUCUUGCAGCAAGGGCUUCUAGAACAGAAAAUCAAGAUGCCAUUGAUGCUGCUAUUGUUGGGAUGUUGGCAGAUCCAAAAGAGGCACGAGCUGGUAUCAGAGAAGUUCAUUUUUUUCCAUUCAACCCUGUAGAUAAGAGAACUGCUCUCACCUAUAUUGAUUCAAGUGAUAAUUGGCAUCGAGUUAGCAAAGGUGCUCCGGAGCAGAUCUUAAAUCUUUGCAAUUCCAGCGAAGCCAACAGGAAAAAAGUUCAUGGAGUGAUUGAUAAGUUUGCUGAAUGUGGACUUCGAUCCCUGGGUGUUGCUAGACAGGAAGUACCUGAGAGAACCAAAGAAAGUCCAGGAGAAGCAUGGCAACUUGUUGGUUUAUUAGCUUUGUUUGAUCCUCCCAGGCAUGAUAGUGCAGAAACCAUUCGAAGGGCUCUUAACCUUGGAGUAAAUGUCAAGAUGAUUACUGGGGACCAACUGGCCAUUGCCAAGGAAACUGGUCGGAGACUUGGUAUGGGAUCAAAUAUGUACCCUUCAUCUGCAUUACUUUCUCAAGAUAGGGGUGCAUUAGCAGAUUCCCUUCCUGUGGACGAGUUGAUUGAAACAGCUGAUGGGUUUGCUGGUGUAUUUCCAGAACACAAAUAUGAAAUUGUGAGAAGGUUACAAGAGAAGAAACAUAUUUGUGGAAUGACCGGAGAUGGUGUAAAUGAUGCUCCUGCACUAAAGAAGGCAGAUAUUGGAAUUGCUGUUGCUGAUGCAACUGAUGCAGCUAGGAGCGCUUCCGACAUUGUCCUAACUGAACCUGGAUUGAGUGUUAUCAUUAGUGCAGUACUGACUAGCAGGGCAAUUUUCCAAAGAAUGAAGAAUUAUACGAUUUAUGCCGUUUCCAUCACCAUUCGUAUAGUGUUUGGUUUCCUAUUGAUUUCUUUGAUUUGGAAAUUUGAUUUCGCUCCAUUCAUGGUUUUAAUCAUAGCUAUUCUAAACGAUGGAACGAUCAUGACUAUUUCGAAAGAUCGAGUUAAGCCUUCGCCACAGCCUGAUAGCUGGAAGUUAAAGGAAAUUUUUGGUACUGGCAUUGUGUUAGGAGGAUACAUGGCCUUAAUGACAGUGCUGUUCUUUUGGAUCAUGAAAGAUACUGACUUUUUCACGAACACAUUCCAUGUACCAUCUCUGAGGAACGACGACCCCAGAAUGAUGGCAGCAUUGUAUCUUCAAGUCAGCAUCGUGAGCCAAGCCCUUAUUUUUGUCACACGGUCUCGAAGCUGGUCAUUUUUCGAACGUCCUGGACUUUUCUUAGUGGUUGCUUUCAUAGUUGCCCAGUUGUUUGCAACUAUGAUAGCAGUGUAUGCAAACUGGGGUUUUGCAAGGAUACAUGGCGCUGGCUGGGGGUGGGCUGGUGUCAUUUGGCUAUACAGUUUGAUAACUUAUAUCCCUCUCGAUAUUCUCAAGUUUACCAUUCGCUAUGCUCUCAGUGGAAGGGCUUGGAACAACCUUUUGCAAAAUAAGACUGCUUUUACAACAAAGAAAGAUUAUGGUAAAGAAGAGAGAGAAGCACAAUGGGCCACCUCACAAAGAACUAUUCAUGGUCUCCAACCACCUCAAACCAACAUCAUUGCUUCUGAUAGAAUCAGCUGUGGCGGCGAGCUUUCCGAAAUCGCCGAGCAAGCCAAGCGACGAGCUGAAAUUGCAAGGCUCCGCGAGUUACACACUCUGAAAGGUCGGGUCGAGUCGGUAGUGAAGCUGAAAGGUCUAGACAUUGAUACUAUUAAUCAACAUUAUACGGUGUAACAACAAGCAAACAAGCAAUAGCUCGAGUUUUUCUCAUAUUUUCCUCAAUGAGUUUUUCUCCUGUUUUUGUUAGAGAAACUCAAUUAUAUUUUUUUUUCUUUCCAUUUUUGCUCCAUAGUAGAUUAAUAUUUGCUUAGUGACAAUUCUAGCCAUUGUUUUCUGCCAAUGCAGAUGAAAAUUUUUCAUUUUUUAAUUAAUUACU